GCAGCGCUGAGUCACGGGGCGGGCAGAGGCAGCGCUGCUCCCCUCGCUCGUUCCCAAAGCUCAGCGCCCAACGGCCUCUGCCGCCCGGAGCUCCACGCAAACACUUGUGCUUCUCCUCCUGGCCGAGCCCCGCCGGCCGCCAUGGGCUCCAGGCUGUCCGUGGACGACUCCGUGCGCGUCGUCAUCGUCGGCGGCGGCUUUGGUGGCAUCGCGGCCGCCAGCCAGCUCAAGUCCUGGGCCGUCCCUUUCGUGCUGGUGGACAUGAGAGAUGCUUUCCACCACAACGUCGCUGCCCUCCGAGCUUCCGUGGAGAGCGGAUUUGCCAGGAAGACUUUCAUCUCCUACUCCACCACCUUUGGCGACAGCUUCCGACAAGGCAAAGUGGUGGGCAUAGACCCUGAGAGGCAGCAGGUCCUGCUCAGCGAUGGCGAGGAACUUCACUACUCCCACCUCAUUCUUGCAACUGGCAGCGAUGGACCAUUCCCUGGGAAGUUCAACAAAGUCAUUGACAUGGAAAGCGCCAUCCAGACCUAUGAAGACAUGGUUAAGGAGAUUGAGAAAUCUGAGCGCAUCGUGGUAGUGGGAGGUGGUGCUGCUGGAGUCGAGAUGGCUGCAGAGAUCAAAACAGAAUACCCAGCCAAAGAGGUCACCCUCAUUCACUCAAAAAUUGCACUAGCUGAUGUAGAACUGCUAGAAAGCGUCCGUCAGGAGGUGAAAGAGAUUCUGCUCAGGAAAGGAGUGCGCCUCCUGUUAAGUGAGAAGGUCAGCAACAUGGAAAACUUCACAACGAACCAGUUCCAGAAGGACAUGGUAGUAAGGACAGAAAAGGGCACAGAGGUUGUUGCUGAUAUGGUGGUCCUGUGCACAGGGAUAAAGAUUAACUCCUCAGCAUACGCCACUGCAUUUGGAGACAAACUGGCGAGUAAUGGAGCUUUGAACGUUAACAAGCACCUCCAGCUGGAAGGCUACGACAACAUCUAUGCCAUUGGGGACUGUGCAAACCUGAAGGAACCAAAGAUGGCGUACCACGCUGGGCUGCACGCCAACGUUGUGGUGUCAAACAUCAUCAACAGCUUGACACACAAGCCGCUUAAAACCUACCAACCAGGCUCACUAACAUUCCUGCUUUCAAUGGGUAAGAACGAUGGUGUAGGCCAGGUGAACGGAUACUAUGUGGGACGCCUCCUAGUGACCAUUGCUAAAAGUCGGGACCUGUUUGUUUCCAAGAGCUGGAAGACGAUGGGACAGACAAUGCCCUCUUAAUAGGGGAUUGGAAAUAAACUAUCAAGGAACUCAACCACCGGAAGAAGGUGAAGGUGCACUUUUAUUGCUUAGAGUUGCUGUCUCCUGCAGCACUUCCUGAAGCUGCAUUAAAGGAGUGUUACUGUAAUGGGGCAAGAGGCACUUUCCAAGUUAAUCAGCACCAAAGUUCUCAUCUUAACAAAGGAAGGGCUGGGUUUUUUUUUUCAUCCUCUGUUGAGACAGCUCUGGGCAAGAAACCUGGUUUACCUUAAUUUGUAAGGAUUAACACUAUAGUUUUCAACAUGUUAGUGGCUUGUUUAUCA